UGUUUCCAAGCUGCCAUACUCCAGGCAGUUAUCUUUACAGGCGGUUGUGUGAGUCAGUCCCUGCAGAAGAGAACAGAACAGCGGGGGUGCAACAAGAGGAGGCAGGAGUGGAGUUAUACUGAAACCUGAAACUUUCUAUUCAGAGAACAUUUAUCCACUGGACUCUUGGAGCGUUUCUACAUUUAUUUUUUUCUCUUGAAGCAGGUCUGUUCUAUUCUAUACUGAAAGCUCCAGUGAGUUGCAUUUUACUUUUAUCCUGUAGACUCUCCUCUGUUGUGAACAAUGAGGUCCAUUGAACCUUUGUGCCGUUGGAGAAUCAUCCCCCUGGCUUUGACCAUGGCAGUGGUGUCUACGAGCAGAGCCUCUGAGUAUGAAUAUCUGAGCUGGAAAUCGGACUUGUACAAUGGUGGCCGCAGCUAUGGCAAGCCUCCUCAAUGUGUGGAUAUCCCAGAGGACCUGAGGCUGUGCCACAAUGUGGGCUACAACCAGAUGCUGCUGCCUAACCUACUGGAGCAUGAGACUAUGGCUGAGGUUAAGCAGCAGGCGGGCAGCUGGGUGCCCCUGGUGCAUAAGAGCUGCCACCCGGGUACCCAGGUGUUCCUCUGCUCCCUGUUUGCCCCAGUGUGCCUGGAGCGUCCUAUAUACCCCUGCCGCUGGCUGUGUGAGGCUGUACGAGAUGGCUGCACCCCUAUCAUGGAGUCCUUCGGCUUCCCCUGGCCUGAGAUGCUCACCUGUGACAAGUUUCCCCAGGAUGAUGUGUGCAUUGCCAUGACUGCACCCAACGCCACUGAAGCUACCAAGCCCACAGGUUAUUCCCCCAUAUGUCCCCCAUGUGACAAUGAAAUGAAAACAGACAUCAUUCUAGAGCACAUGUGUGCCAGCGAGUUUGCUAUCAGGACCAAGAUCAAGGAGGUGAGACGGGAAGGCAUGGACCGCAAGGUAAUUCUGCAGAAGAGGAAGAAGCCAUUGAAACUGGGAAACCUAAAGAAGAAUGACCUAAAAAAGCUGGUUCUGUACCUGAAGAAUGGAGCCGACUGCCCCUGCCAGCAGCUGGAUAACUUAGGCAACACUUACCUGAUCAUGGGGCGCAAGGUGGACAUGCAGUUCCUCCUGACGGGCAUCCACAAGUGGGACAAGUCCAGCAAAGAGUUCAAAAAGGCCAUCAAGAAACUCAAGACCCACAAGUGUCCAGCUUUCGAGAAUGUCUUUAAAUAAUCAGACCCAACUUUUUUUAGAAGCAUCUCAUCAUCAUGAUACACAAGAACUUGCACAACCAACAAUCCACAUUUUCUUUUUGUUCAUAUAUAAACUGUAUAUCUUUCUAUAUUUACAGUCCUGCUUUAAUUUUUUCCACCAUCCAUUUUGCAGUGGAGCGUUGUGAUCAUUGAGACCUCCUGCCAUAGUGGUUUCCAGUUAUCUGAAAAAGUUAAUGACACUGCACCCUCUUCCUCCUCUAUUGAAAUUCAGUGAGUUCUGCUGAAGUGGAUGGACUUGCUUCUCUUGCUCUGAACAUGGAUAAGUAGAUCAUAGAAUCAUCAAUUAGAUCACAUUGAAUAGAUUAUACAGAAUCAAUAAUAACGUGUAUUUUAGCUUUAAAAGCCACAUCAUAGAGGAGGCAUGGAUAGGGUCAUUGGAUAACUUAUUGACGAUAUUAUGAUAGCGUGCCUUCACCUGAUUGUUUCAUCAAAAUAAUGACUGCACUACAGUUGAUAUUAAGAAUGUCGUCCUCUUUUCACUUGCCUCAUUUGUUUGACAUUUUCUUUGACUUUAACAAAUAUAUACAAAUGUCAAUCCAAUCAAUUCCAGAACAUCAACUGCAUCAUCUGAGUGAAAAUACCUUUUGCUUAAUGGUACAGUAUAUGAAUUGUACUGUGUGCCAAACUCUGUAUGUUAUAAUGCAUGCAUUGUUCAGUGUUUCAAUUCAAUUGUACGACAGUCUCUUGAGUGGCCACUCUGGUAUAGAAUAAUUAAAUAAAUCCCUUGUAUUUGUAUAUGAUGUCAGAUAAUAUUUGACCAAAAGUUUUCUUAUUGUUUUUUGUUAAUGCAGUCUUCAAUUGCUGUCCCUCCAGAUUGAUGUUUAUUAAGUUUGUGACAGCUUUGAAAGUGCAUAUAGUUGCUUGACAAAUCUGUAUUUUUAAUUGUUUUGUUCAGUAUUGGUGGUACAUCUUAGCACUAUCACAUUAAAUUACAGAUUGUUUUAUGGCUGCAGUGCAUUGCUGCCCGUUAUGUACAUACACAUUUUACAUAAAUAUAGAAAACAAUGCCAUGUUGUCUGGAAUGGUCUUUCCAUUUCAGAUUGUGUGACCUAUACCAUUUUUGUGGAGAUAUUACUCCCAGUACUGCUUGCUCUCAAGCAGCUAAAGCUGGAAUUAAGUAUCAAGUGUGGCUUGUAUUUCAAUGAUACCCAGAACUUAUACUCAUACAACACAGUAAUAAAAUGGGAAAGCACUGUAACGGCUGUUGGAAGGAGUGGAGGAUGAAGGUGCAACGUGUUCAUCUUUAUUAUCUGAACUGAACACUGAUUAACAAAAAAACCAACGAAGAGAACGAACGAAACUGAAACAGUUGUGUCUGGUGCAGAAAGACACAAAACAGAAAACAACUACCCACACCACACAGGUGGGAAAAGGCUUCCUAAGUAUGGUUCUCAAUCAGAGAUAACGAUAGACAGCUGCCUCUGAUUGAGAACCACACCUGGCCAAACACACAGAAAUAGAGAACAUAGAACCCACAACAUAGAAUGCCCACCCCAACUCACGCCCUGACCAAACCAAAAUGGAGACAUAAAAGGAUCUCUAAGGUCAGGGCGUGACAACCACAUACAUGGCACAGUACUCUACAGGUUAUUUUUUGGAAUAUCAGCUUCCUGCGUGUAAUGUCUAUAAUGAUUUUCAAACCUCCAAACUAUUUGCACAUGAUGAGAAUUCUUGGCUAUGCUUGUACAGCUUGAGAUUUCUUUCAGUUCUAAGAUUUAAGCAUACUGUGGAUAUCACCCAUCUUGGAUUUUUUUCAUAUUGUUGCGUUACAAAGUGGGAUUGAAAUAGA